GGAGUUUGUGCGAAAUGCGCCUCAAAACAUAGAGUGGAUCAAACAACAAUUUGAAAUUCAGUAAUCUUGACUAGAUGAUUUUUCACUGUUUUAUUUUUAUUUGAUUUUUGUGAAUUUUAGAAGAUUUUAACCCUUUAUGCGUUUUAUAACUUGUGGAUUUACUGGUUCCGAACACUCAAUGUUUACACUUUGCAACUACAUGUAUUAUUUGAAGAGGACUUGCAUGUAUAUGUCUAGAUUUGCUGUAACACGGAAAAAGUGUUGGGUGUUUGACAAAUUACACGCAACCUUGAGUGAUAAGUUCACAUUAGCGGCAUUGUUGUGUAGUUUUCUUUGGGUUUUAGUAUCGUUCGAGUGGUUUGAACCUUUUUGAUCAGGAUUUUGAUUAUUGUUUUUAUUUUGGUAUCAGGUAUGCCCUUUUUUCACAACCAAAUUAAUGCAAUAAUUAUUCGUAUCGAUCUGUCAAGCAUUUUCUAUACUCGUACUUAUUUAAGUUCAGAUUUAAUUUUUAAUUUCAAAAUAAAUUUAUUUAUUGUGUGUCUGCAAAAAAUUGGUUUUGUAAUUUGUAUGUUGCAUAUCUUGAAAUUUAUAUCGAUCGUUUCGUUCUUCGCCGUUUUCUGAAACCAAACUUGAUUUCAGUUACAGUAUGAACUAUAAAGUUUUUGUAGAUCUUAACUAGUAAAAAUAAUGCAUUAUUUUGUUGACUAAAAUUCAAAUUUUAUCCAACUGUACAAUCUACCCAUGAUUUGCCUCUGAUUUACCUCUGAUUUACCCAUGAUUUACCUCUGAUUUACCUCUGAUUUACCCAGUCAGAUAUCACCAUGUCAAAUACACCAGUCCUCCACUCCUACUUUAGAAGUUCCUGUAGUUGGAGAGUCCGAGUAGCUCUGGCUCUUAAACAGAUUCAAUAUAAACAGAAAGGAGUACACUUGCUUAAUAAUGGCGGUGAGCAACACUCUGACGAGUACAAAUCUGUCAACCCCAUGGAACAGGUUCCAACACUAAUGAUUGACGGUGUAUCGCUGACCCAAUCAUUACCAAUAAUAGAAUACCUUGAAGAGACGAGACCAGAUAUUUACCCGCUUCUCCCUGGUGACCCCAAGGAUAGGGUCCGAGUGCGGCAGAUAGCGGAAAUAAUAAACAGUGGCAUUCAGCCAGUGCAGAACCUGUCUAUACUACAAGCUGUGGGCCCUGAACGUAAGAUGCAGUGGGGACAUGAUGCUAUACACAAAGGUUUUGUAGCAAUAGAGGAUCUGCUGAAGAGCUACAGCUCAGGAAAAUACUGCAUCGGAGAUAAGGUCACAAUCGCAGACAUCUGUCUGGUUCCUCAAGUAUACAACGCAACACGCUUCAAAGUUGACAUGAAACUGUUCCCCACCAUUGCGCGCAUCAACGCUGCGCUCGAAGAACUGCCAGAGUUCCAAAAAGCGCAUUUUACUAAUCAGCCUGACACACCAGAGGAGCUGAAGAAGUCUUAGCUUUUAGGGCGCUUAAUUAAUUUUAUAUGAUUUAUUGUUAUUUUAUUAUUGAUAUUUAUAUUCGCCCUAUUUUUUGCUAGGCUGUUCAGUAAUUUAUUGAGAACGAAGAUGUAAUUUCAAGUAAUGUGUUGUUUUAGUGCUUUAGUAAAGGGGACUACGCAAGUAUAUGAACCGAUUUAAAUAUGAAUUUUCGUUUGUGAGUAUUAUAUGACAUGUUAAUAUUUUAUGUAUCUACUUAUUCAAUAUCAUGCAUUUACAAGAAACCC